GCUGAGCUGGAGCUGAGCCAAGGGAGGGGGUGUCGAGCGACUUACGAUCCAUCUGGCCGGCGUGAGACGGGCACGACUCUCUCGUCACGCAGAGGGUCAUGGACGAUGCCGGAUGUCGUUGGCUUGCUUCUGGUCUGUCCGAGCAAUGCCUCUAUGCUUGGCUGAGAUGGCAUCACUGCGAGACGACGCCGGGCAAAGCUGGCAGAGGCGCCAAAAGUCGCGAGUGCGGGUUGACCGGCUGACCGGACAGAGAAGCGAGCGAGCGCGCGCACAGAUCGAGCAGGAUGAGUAUGAGCAUGCUCGGACAGGCAGUCGCUCGGUGCAGAGCAUGCCUGCAGAUGCAAGCAGCCCGAUCAGCAGUGUCCCGAGGCAAAGCGCGCGAUCUGAGCAGCAGUGCCGUCCAUCCUGCUUCACCUACUUCGAUCUCUUCAGAGGGUGCCUCAGAGGCUGCACCAUCCUCAGGCUCGACGCAAGAGCUGGCAUGGGAUGCUUCGCUCGAUCGCACCGGCGUGCUUGCUCGCAAGACCGGCAUGACCGCUCUCUGGGAUGACAAGGGCCAGAGGAUACCCAUCACCGUCCUGGCUUUGGACGAUGUUCAGGUCGUUUCGACCCAGUCUGAGCCCUACCCGGCCGUACAGGUCGCUUGCACGCCCAGAAGUGAAAAGACCACACCGAGAGCGAUCAGAGGCAUCUUCCGCAAGGCGGGCAUAGACAACAAGAUGCGCAUCACCGAGUUCAAGACCUCGCUGACGGGUGCCCAGCUCAGUCCUGGCACGACUCUCUCUGCUGCUCAUUUCGUUCCGGGACAAUAUCUCGAUGUGCAAGCCAAGACGGUCGGCAAGGGCUUCCAAGGCGGCAUGAAGCGAUGGGGUUUCCGAGGCCUACGCGCAUCUCACGGUGUCUCCGUCUCGCACAGAUCGCACGGUUCGACGGGACAGCACCAAGAUCCCGGCAGAGUGUUCCCGGGCAAGAAGAUGGCAGGCCACAUGGGUAAUCGCACGAGAACACAGCAGAACCUCCUCCUCGUCCGGAUCGACACGGCCCUCAACUUGCUCUUCGUCAAAGGCUGCGUGCCUGGCCACACGGGUACCUUUGUGCGAGUGUGUGAUGCGCUCAAGAAGCGACCCUUCCCUGGCAAUGUCAUGGGCGUGCUCAGGUUGCCGUUCCCAGCAGGCACGCCUGAACUCGCGAGCACGAUGCCGGCUGUUGUUCAGCUCAAGGAGACUACGACGACGCCUGUUGUCAUUGGCUGAUUGCACGCC